AGCGAUCCUUGGCAUGCAUACGCUGAUGAGUAACCAGCAGUACUACGAGGCACUCGGGAGCACCACCAUAGUUAACAAGGAAGGCCUGAACAGUGUGAUUAAGCCCACGCAAUAUAAACCAGUUCCCGAUGAAGAACCUAAUUCAACAGAUGUAGAAGAAACUUUGGAACGAGUAAAGAACAAUGACCCUAAACUCGAGGAAGUCAACCUUAAUAAUAUUAGGAAUAUUCCCAUACCGACUUUAAAAGCAUAUGCUGAAGCACUGAAGAAUAAUUCCUAUGUAAAGAAGUUAAGCAUAGUAGGAACAAGAAGCAAUGACCCGGUAGCCUAUGCACUGGCUGAGAUGUUAAAAGCCAACGGUGUAUUGAAGAGCUUGAAUGUGGAAUCCAACUUCAUUUCUGGGUCCGGGAUCCUGGCUCUGAUCGAAGCACUCCAGCACAAUACUUCACUGAUUGAGCUCAAAAUUGACAACCAGAGCCAGCCGCUGGGCAACAAGGUGGAAAUGGAGAUUGCAAACAUGUUAGAAAAAAAUAGCUCCCUUUUGAAGUUCGGGUAUCACUUUACACAGCAAGGUCCCCGGCUUCGUGCAUCUAACGCCAUGAUGAACAACAACGACCUUGUGAGGAAGAGGAGACUUGCAGACUUGAAUGGGCCUUUCUAUCCCAAGUGCCGAAUUGGGGUGUAGUUCCCGGCUGUGAAGAUCGUGCCUGGUGGUUUGUGCUAUACCCUGGAAAUCCGAAGGCAAAGUGCUUGCACAAAAUAUCUGUGGUGCCUCAGUUCUGUGUUGCAUAAUUAUGCACUAAAGGUUUAAAUUAACUAGCGAUUGUAGGUGACGAUUUGAUCAAAUAUCACUAAUGAUGUUUUCUUUAGAGUCAAGCCGAGUCAAUCCAGUUACAAGUUGCCAAUUUUAAGCAGUCUUGGUUUAGAAUACAUCACAGCACAAAAGUGACUGUUAAUUCACCCAUGACUUAAUUUCUCUUAGGAUUUCCUGUGUGGUGUUUCAGAUAUAUUUAGGAUGUGUUAUGCAUGAGUGGAAAAAAUUACUGCUCUACACAAGUUGCAUAAGUAUUUAAAAAAAUACUUUAUUUUUUCAACUUGCUUAUCUGUUUGACAAGCAUUUCUACUCUCCCACCACAAUGCUAUCCCAUCCCUUUCGAGGACUUGUAAAUUACAAUUAAUUACCAACAUUUGCUGACUUUAUUUGCAGACAGGAUGUUAAAAGCACCCAUAUUUUUCCUCCAAAAGAAUUCGUCUUUUUUAUUCCCCCUCCCCCCCCCAAUGAAAAGAACGUAAGGCCACUGAUUAUAAAGUAAUGGCUCCAUAAAAACAGAGCAGUAGGUAUUAGAUGGGACGUUAAAAUCUUCCUGUCUCCUUUCGCAUGGAUAUGUAAAACCAUUGCUUUAAGAGAUUGGGAAUGAAAUCCUGACUCCACUGAAGUCAGGCGCAAACUCUCAUUGACUUCAAUGGGGCAGGAUUUCCCCCUGGAUUUUCUCUGGAAAUGUGCCUCCUGUGCUUUUACUGGGUCGUGCUGGAGCCCUGACUCGUAAUUCUGGGUUUCUGGCUGGAUGACCGUUUUAUUUAUCUGUAAAACUUCUUGUUCUGCUAGAGAUUUUAUUUUACCAACAUCCCAAAUUUCUGAAUAGUGCACCCUAAUAAAGAAAUUACUUGCAAAUACCCUGCCUGUGAAUACAUGUAGUCCAGGAUGCCAUUUGAGUGGAGUUGGAUAAACACACCAGGCAAUUGGGUUUGUGUGGUGAUAAAAACCCCACUGCCUUUCUAGGGAGGAAUUUCCAGCAGACACAUGCAGCCUCUGAGCAUGCAGUGAGUUCCAUUAACUCACCCCAAUCCCACUGACUCCAGGGGGAGCCUGGGCUGCACAGCAGGAAGUCUGCCCCUGCAGAGCCAUUGCCAGAUGGUGGCCUUUGUUUAUACACUAAAGAAUCCAUCCUAACAAUCUAAUACACAACCUUGUGCCUGCUGCUGUUCCCAGUGGAGUUCUGCAGUCUGUGCCUUGGGGUACAGCAAAACUGCCACUCAUUUCAACAGAAUUUUUGCAUGAAUCAGGAUUGCAGGCUUUGGCCCUGAUUUGCUAUAUCACUUUAACCUUGAGUGGGAAAUACAAACGUGUUUGAUUGUUGCUCUUCAAAUGGUAAUAAAUGUGUCCGAAA